GUGACGCGCUCCCGGUUCCGUUGCUGCGGGGCGAUGCCGGGGGAGGCGGUCACGCUGCAGCUCGGGCACUACUCGGGCUGCGUGGGCGCGCACUGGUGGGGGCUGCAGGCCGCGGCGCUGCGCAGCCCCGACGAGCACAACGAGCUCCGCGCGGCCGCGCUGCUCCGCUUCGGCCGCGGCCCGGGCGGCACCGAGAGCCCCGAGCCGCGGCUGGUGGCGCUGGAGCUGAAAGGCGGCGUGGGCGCGCUCAGAGCGGACGGGGAGGGCACGGAGCCGCCGGUGAGCUGGGACGGCGCCGUCGCCGAUUACCGGGAGCGGGGCCGCGCGCCGCGGGACGCCGGGAGCCGCAGGGGAGACGCGGCCGGGGACGCCAAGGGGAACCCCGGCGCUGCGGGGCCAGGUUCCUCUCCUGCAGGGUCCCAGGACACUCCCAACACCAGGCUCUGGUCUGAUUACCUCAGUGUGAACCUGCACCCCAAGAGUCUCUACGUGAUCCGGCAGUACCUGCACGAUGGGGAUUGUGGCUGUCUCGAAGGCUUUGGGCAAGGUGAAAGCCUUCUGCAGGACCCUGCCUGUGUGGAGGAGCUGGAAGAUCGGCUGCACUUCUUUGUUGAGGAGUGUGAUUACCUCCAGGGGUUUCAGGUGCUCUGUGACCUCCACAAUGGAUUCUCUGGGGUUGGUGCCAGGGUGACCGAGCUGCUCCGCGAUGAGUACGCGCGCAAGGGGAUCCUCACCUGGGGCCUGACUCCAGUCCUGAGCGCUGUGGCAGACCCUCAGAAGAGUUUUUGCAGACUGAUGAACACGGCCCUGGGCAUUGCCCACCUGUCCCGUCACAGCUCUCUCCUCUGCCCCCUGUCACUCAAUGGGAGCUUGGGACUCAAGCCAGAACCUCCUGUGACGUUUCCAUACAUAAAAUACAAUGCAUCCCUGAGCUACCACAGCAGCGCCAUCCUGGCUGCAGCCCUCGACACCCUCACGGCUCCCUACAGGCUCUGCUCCUCCCAGGCCUCCAUGCUGCACCUUGCUGACUCGCUCACCUUCUCUGGGAGGAAGGUUGUGGCUGCCUGGGCAGCUCUCCCCCUGCCUGCCCUGGCUGGCUCCUCGCUGCCCGACGUGCUGGGUGCCCACCAAGAGGUGCCCUGGCAGCUCCUGUCCUCCUGCAAGGAGCAGAAGAAGCUCAGCUCCUGCUUUGCUCAGUCUGCUGUGCUGCGAGGGGUGUGCCAGGAGAAAGGCAGCAGGCAGAGAGAGAGCCCUGAGCAGGUGCUCCAGCGCUACCUGCACACGCAGUUCCCCGGAGCCUUCAGCACGGCCCACGUGCUGCAGCAGCCCUGUCACACCCAGGCGCCCUUCCCGCAGUUCUUCUCUCCUCUGCUGAGCACACGGGGGUUCCUCCAGGACAGAGCGCGCGGCUCGUCCUCAGCAGCUGUUGGCAGCGUGCCCGUGCUGGCAGCCCUGCAGAGCUGCCCUGCCGUGCUGGGGCUGCUCUCGGGGCUGUGCCGGGAGCUGCGGCCGCGGCGCUGGGGCGGCUCCUGCGCGGCCGGGCUGGAGCUCGACGACGUCCAGGAGGCCCUGGAGGAGCUCAGGAGCCUGGCCCAGUGCUAUGAGACAGGAUCUGCAGCUGAUGGAUCCGAGGAUGAAGCAGAUUCAGACUGAUCCACAGUGGGGAGUGGCUUGGAGAUGGCUCCCACAAUAAAGAAAUGGUUUUGGAGA